GCGACGCCCGGCGCGACACAGCUGGCGCGCCGGCUCCAACCCGACUGCCCCGCGCGUCUCGACGCGGUGGACGACCGCGAACGUAAACUCCCGACGUCCAUGCCCGAGCUACCCGCGCGCGACGACGACGACGCGUGUGCCGUUCGUGACGACGCACAGCUGUGCGCCGCGAGACUCCUCGGCUCGCGCACGGAGAACGAGCGCCUCAAAACACAGCCGUCGUCGGCGCAAAGGGACGUCGCCGAGCUCGAGACGCGACUGGCGGAGGCGAUCGCGUUCGGCGAGCAGCUGAGGCGCGACGUCGACGAGCAGGAGAGGGAAAAGUCGGUGUGGAAGCACAGCAGCGAACGGUGGUACGACGCCUACCAGCGCGAACGGGAGGCGCGCGCCAGCUGUGAGACAAAGGCGAAAAAGUCGUCGUGGACGCGACCGCUGCGAGACACAACCGCGCUGGCUCGCAGAGCGCUGGGACACGUCGCUCGAUACGGCGGCGACGCGUAGGGCGGCGGCGGAGCUGCGGGCGUCGGCGGACGAUCGAUACUGUACAUAGAAAGCCUCGCGCGCCGUUGUAAAGCAGCCGGAGACGCGCCGGAUACC